AUGUCGACGCUUAUGCUCUCCAUCCUCCUGGCGACGCUUCGUCUCAACCUCGUCGUUGCACAGUCCAUCCGAAACCUCGGCGUCUCAUGCAUUGCCAGUGCUCAAGAAUGUGGCCCACGAGGUGGCAUCGGCGACGGCGCUCAUCCAGUCUUGAUUCCUCAGUCCUUUAUCACAGAUGCCCUGGUUCCCUUGGCACCAAACAGCACACGUCAACUGACACCUGGCCCUGCACCCGUUCGUCUCCUAGCAUCUCCAGUUGCCACGGCAUCGUGUCCACCACGCCGAAAUGUCGUCAUCGACACCGCCAAUGGCGCUCAGCAGGAGAUGGUCGGCUUUGGACAUGCAUGGACCGACAGUGCUACCUCCGUUUUCAGCACGCUUGACAAUGCCACCCUUGCUAGAGUUCUUGACGACCUCUUUGGUCAAAACGGCAACAACAUGGGCUUCAUGCGUCACACUAUCGGCUCUUCAGACCUGUCCGGUGAACAAUACACGUACAACGACAAUGGGCCCAGCUUCAACGAGGGUGAGCCCGAUCUCGACCUAUCCCACUUCAGUCUUGGCCCGUACGGCACGGCUCAAGCGGAGUUCAUUGGCAGAAUGGGCUCUAUCAAGGGUGACGUCUUCCUGUUUGGUUCACCAUGGUCGUAUCCUGGAUGGACGAAAUACAACGAUCUCUUUAUUGCUCCCAACCUCAAUGUCAACGGUGGAGGAAGCUAUAACAUUCUCAAUAACAGCUUCAAUCCAGCGUACAUCCCACAGAUGGUCGGGUACUUUUCCAAGUAUGUCGAUGCCUUUCGUGACUUGGGGGUCCAAGUGAAUGGCAUCACGCCGAUGAAUGAGCCAUUGAACUACCAGGGCGGGUAUCCGUGUAUGUUUCUUGAUCCAGUGGACGCAGCGAGCUUGAUCGCCCAGGGCCUGGGCCAGGCAAUGCACGAUCGGGGCGUUAUCAUCAUGGCAUAUGACCACAAUACCGAUCAGCCAGUAUAUCCCGCUCGGGUCAUUCAAGGAACUGGUGGUGAGGGUGGCCUAACAGACGCUGCGGCGUGGCACUGUUACGCUGGCCCGGUCGCAAAUUACAGUGUCAUGGACGACUUCCAUUAUGCUUUCCCAAACACCUUGCAGUUCAUGACGGAGUGUUCCAAUUACCUGCCUCAGUCAGGGAGCUGGAACUUCGAGGUGGCCUCGAAUUUCAUCCCGCCCGUGACACACGGUGCUUCGGCGGCUGCCAUGUGGGUCAUGGCGACGGAUGAGAACUAUGGACCACAUUCACCUUACGGCGGAUGUGCCGGUUGCUUGGGAAGUGUCGUUGUCAACUCAUCAAGUCAAUACACACUCACCAAUGACUAUUACAUGGUCGGGCAGUUCUCACGGUUUGUCCGCCGCGGCAGCGUGAAUUACCGCGUCCUGGGCAACGGGAACGAAGGCGAUGCUAGAGGGGACAACCAGUUCUACACCAUGGCUGUACGCAACCCGGACUCCAGCUGGGCGGUUAUCUUCAUGAACAAUAUCGGCAGUGAUCAGGAUAUUGUUGUCUCCUUCAGCGGCAGCGAGAAUGACGUUUGGCAAGGGACUGUACCCAAUGCCACGGUGGUCACAUGGUUGCUCCCUGCUCAAGGUGUUGGUACCCCUGCUGCGCCUUUCAGCAAUGGGACAAGUGGCACAACAGCAUUCGGCACUGGAGUUGGAGUGGUAUGUCCGACAAUAGCCAGCUCUUCAAUGUCUAGCGCCACCUCUUCCACGAGCACAAGCACUCUCCAGCCAGUUCCAGAUACGACACAUACCAUCCGCUCAUCUGAACCUACAGGCACUGGUGACACCACUGAGGGACGAAAGAUGCCUCGAGCCAAAUAA